AUGGCUCUAGGAGAUUGUCACUGUUCGGGAGAGUUGGACGUGUUGCACGAAGACCGGAACAGAUCACAAACAACUAUUUGCUUGCCAUCACCAUCACGGCCUGGACGAGUUUCAACAUAUCUGCCAAAAGCAGGCCCAAAGGCUCUAGAAGAGUCUAACCAAGAUCCAUUUUACCUCGAGUCGCUGGCUGCGACUCCAACUUGGGACCCAUACUAUACCCCGACAAUUCGCGAUGAGAGAUUCAGUGAAGACAAUAGCCAGUACUAUACACUUUCCCUGACCAACGGGAGAGAUCAUUCCGAUCACCAACAGGAUCUAUCUCAAUACACAGGCCCGGAUCGCUCCACCCUGGCCCAAAUUCAAUUGGAGAACUCAUUACGAUUCCACCGAUACACAUCAUCAACUGAAGACGAACGACGAACCCUCCACAGCAGUCAGGACUCCUUUAGCUCAGUGCAGUCGGACGCCACUGUCCCAGACUUGACACCGAGCAGCUCAUUUUCAUCUACCUAUUCAUCACCUUCGUGUCCUGACGCCGUCCUCAAAGCUACCGAGAAGCUCUACCAACACGCUCACCAGGUUCAGAUCGAACCUCGUUGGGCAUACAGCAAACAAGCCUCUACACCUCCCAAAUACUCUCUUCCUCCCCCUCCUCCUGUGGCUGCCCUGACCCCAGUCACUCGCCCUACUACUCCUGCCGAAUCCACCAAUAGCUCUACAUCCACCCUCACAAUGAAGUACGAGACAUCCAGUAUGUCAUCAUCAUCAAGGAGAAGACAAAAGGCACACCCCACUCUCCCAAACCUAUCCAAUGCAUCUGGCUCCAUGAGCUCCCGCAGGAAACAGUCCAGCCCUGGAACACGGCCCCCAUUGGACCCAUCCAUGAUCUCGCCCCCAAGCUUGAUCAACCCCGUAACCAUGGAGCCUCAUGCCACACACUUCGACCAGGCCCUCUUCAUCCCUGCCAACGAUGGCGCAAGUCCCAUUCCCAGCCCCGUCGCCAGCUCCCCUCCUAUCUCCCGGCAAUGGACAGCGACCUCCAUGGAACGACCAUCCAUCUCCACCAUGGACGCCUACUGUGAACAGUCUGUCUGGGAAUCAGACUCAGAGAACGAGUCAAUCAGCAACAAGUCUCUUUCCCGCAAACCAAUCGACACCCUACGCAAAGUCCGCAGCCGUGCUAAGCUCCGCGCUGCCAAGUCUCAACCUCGUCUUCGCCAGGCCGUGCUUGACGAUCACCUCCCAGAACACUUUCCCUGCAUGACAGACGAUACCCUUGCUGAGCUCAACGCCGAUCCUUUCCGUGCUGGAAGCCUCGAUCGCCCCAGCACCGGUCGUCCCAGCAUCAGUCGCCCCAGUACCAGCCGGGAUGGUUCCCGGGCCCACCCACUGCAGACCCUCCGCCUCGUCGCACCCUCCACUCUCUCCCUCAUCAAGCCACAGUCCCAGCAAAGCAGCGUUGCCCCCCACGACAGCGCCAACGAGUCAGAUAUGGACUGGUCCGCCGCUGCCGCCAUGCAAGCACAGAACCGCCGCCGUCAACGCUCCGAAGCCUCUGAUACAUCCGUGUUCGUCAAGCCAGAGAAGGAACAGCUUACCUCCAUGUGCUACGAGCAGCACUCCCAGGCCACCUUCCAGGAUACCGCCGUAGAGCAGAAGCCGUUCUUCCGUCGGAUGCUGGAUUCCCUUCGAUCUCUUAACUGUGCGCGCCCUAUGAAAUCCAACACGACUUCCAUUUGA